GCAUGUGUUUCUGACCGCGUCUUGUAUUUGACUUGCCUAAUUUUUUCCACGGUGCUUGGGAGUUUGGAAGGAGCUUUCCCCCCGAUCACUUUUUGCGUCACGGCCGCAAACUAGAUGCACAGGCGUCGCGGUAAAGCCCCGCACGGACGACCCUUUCGCUUAUCGGAUUAACGUGAUCUGUUCCGCCGCGCCAGGAAGCCAAGAGUUAAGUCUCGGCGCGCUCGCUAUCUCAGCCGCCUUCAGCAAAAAAUUAACUUUGGGGACUGGCGUAGAAACAAGUUUCCCCCGGGUCCUCAGCCUGUAUCCGUUUAUGUUGGUCCCCAGAGAGCAGAUCGCUGAAGAGUUACGCUCGUUUCGCUGUUUUGUAAAAACUCUGUGGAGGUCUUUCACUCAAAAGGCUUGUUGUGAUGCGUAUCCCCGUAGAUACCAGCACCAGCCGCCGCUUCACGCCGCCCUCCACCACGCUGAGCCCGGGGAAGAUGACCGAGCCGCUGCCGCUGCCCGGCGCCGAGCACAGCGGCGCCCUGCCGGGGAAGCUGCGCAGCGCCGACCGCAGCAUGGUGGAGGUCCUGGCGGAUCACCCCGGGGAGCUGGUGCGCACCGACAGCCCCAACUUCCUCUGCUCCGUGCUGCCCACCCACUGGCGCUGCAACAAGACGCUGCCCAUCGCCUUCAAGGUGGUGGCCUUGGGAGACGUGCCCGAUGGGACGCUGGUAACGGUGAUGGCUGGAAACGAUGAAAACUACUCUGCAGAACUCAGAAACGCCACAGCCGCCAUGAAAAACCAAGUAGCAAGGUUCAACGACCUCCGAUUCGUGGGUAGAAGUGGAAGAGGGAAAAGCUUCACGCUGACUAUCACGGUCUUCACAAAUCCUCCACAAGUAGCCACAUACCACAGAGCCAUAAAGAUAACAGUGGACGGACCUCGUGAACCCAGAAGACAUCGUCAGAAAAUAGAUGAGCAGACAAAGCCCGGGAGCUUGUCCUUUUCAGAGCGCCUGAGUGAACUGGAGCAGUUGCGUCGUACAGCCAUGAGGGUCAGCCCACACCACCCAGCCCCCACACCCAACCCACGAGCCUCCUUGAACCACACCACUGCUUUUAACCCUCAGCCUCAGAGUCAGAUUCAGGGUCUCUUUUUCAUUGCAGACACAAGGCAAGUACAGCCGUCUCCGCCAUGGUCCUACGACCAGUCCUACCAGUACCUGGGCUCCAUUGCCACCCCCUCCGUGCACCCCGCCACGCCAAUAUCACCCGGCAGGGCUAGCGGCAUGACAUCCCUCACUGCAGAGCUUUCAAGCCGGCUGUCAAGUGCUUCUGACUUGACUGCAUUCAGUGACCCCCGGGUGGGAAUCGACCGCUCCUUCUCUGCGCUCCCCUCCAUCUCCGACCCUCGGAUGCACUACCCGGGAGCGUUCACCUACACGCCGACGCCCGUCAGUUCAGGGAUAGGAAUCGGUAUGUCUGCCAUGUCCACGGCCACGAGAUACCACACUUACCUCCCACCUCCCUACCCCGGCUCAUCGCAGGCCCAGGGCAGCCCGUUCCAGACCACCUCGCCCUCCUACCACCUCUACUACGGAACCUCCGCCGGCUCCUAUCAGUUCUCCAUGAUCUCGGGGGGAGACCGGUCCCCCCCGCGCAUCCACCCCCCCUGCACCAACGCCUCCACGGGAUCAACGCUCCUCAACCCCAACCUCCCCAACCAAAGCGAUGUGGUCGAGGCAGAAGGGAGCCACAGCAACUCCCCCACUAACAUGGCGACCACAGCGAGGCUAGAGGAAGCGGUGUGGCGACCAUACUGAAUGAAUUUUAAGUAGUUAUGGGUCAGGACUAACAUGCUUUCCAUUUCCCGAUGCCCGUAGGUAUCCCAUAAACACCCGUCUUGCUUAUGGGCCCUGCCAUGUUCAUACAUCACUUUCAGAAGCAAACCCUCCAGAAGUCAGCGCUCCCAGGAGUGGUGGCAUGUAUUAGCCAGCCCCUGGUGAAGCGACGUCGCUCCAGCAAAGCAUCCCUCGCGGGGGACUGAGCUUCUGGAAAGGAGGACACCCGAGUUGGUGGUCCGGAGGUAGCGAGGGUGGGUAGAAAGGUACCCAGUCUGUUUCCAGGCCUGUGGCUUUCUAACGUGCCUGGGCUUGAAGGUCUCCACAGUCCUAAAGAGAGUUUCGGUUCACUUCUAUUUUUAAGACUUAAAACCUAAAAAAAUCUUAGUGAGUUUACUGCAUCUUAUGGACAUAUUAACUGUAAGGAAGUAUAGGAAGAUUCCCAGAGGGAAACUGUGAACGCUUCUGUUUUAGCAAUGCUGUGAAUGAGAGGUUUUAUAUG